GUUUUCCUAUCGGUACGAACAGUAGACCAGGUUGGUCGAACGUCUAUCGCCAAUCGAUAUCAUUAGACCUAUUAAUGAGCUAAAAGUAAAUCAAGAGAAGAAUACGGAUCACAAAAUGGAUUUUGGAGCUCUGCUGCACCUUGCCAAAAAGAAGAGUGAUGCGGUCACCAAGGAUGAGCGUCAGGGGCAGGGGAAAUACUACAGCACCAAGUAUGCGCCGCCCAAGAAAGAGUCCAAGGAGUCCAAGCAGCUGUCCAACAACAUCCAGAAGUUUCUCCAAAAGAAAGAGGCCGAGGAGGCGAAAAAGAAACGCGAGGAGCGCCAGAAGCUUAACGAUCUGCUCGCGAAGAGGGACGAAAAGUCCAAGAACAAGAUCCGUAAAAUGCUGAAGGUAACCAAGUCGGCGAACAAAUCCGUGUUGGAGGAUGCCAAAGACUACGAUAAGGCCAUCGAUGGCCACGAGGCGGGCGAGGGUCAGGGCGAUGACUACGGCUACGUGUCGAACGAAGCGAAUGCAUUUUACGAAAAGUACAUCGAAAAAGUGCGAGAUGUCCAGGAAGACAAGGGAUUCGCGCCCAGCAGGCCACAGUCGCUGAGAGAUCUUUCUGGGACCAAGGAGCGCGUUAAGGCGGCCAUUACCAGGGAAAGAGAGGAGGCCAAGAGUCACACACGUCAGCGGAGCAGUACAAGCACUACCCCAUCCAGCGCUACCAAGUCUAAGGAGGCCUCCGUGGCCCGUUCUUAUAGUACCUCUAAAACACUGUAUGACCCGAACGCAGAGAAACGCGAGGAGGAGCGCAAAAAGCGGCAGGAGGAGGAGCAGCGUCGAGCGAAGAUCAAACGACCUGCUCAGCCGCCGCCAAUGGACUUCCAAGCCUUGCUUCGCUUAGCAGAAAAGAAACAACACGAGCCCGUUGUCUUCGAGGUGCAGAAAAAAAAGGAACCGGAACGUUUGUUGUCGGCCCGUGAAAAACGUGAGAUGGAAGAGCGCCAGCGGCAAGACGAGCAGCGCGCCCAGCGACUCAAGAUGCGGGAAAGUGAAGGCAAGGAGGGCAUUUCGAAACCCAUCCCCAAUCGGAUGGAGGCUAACGGACGCAUCCCCAAGCUGAAUCAAGCCAAGCCAGCCAAUCCACCAAGUGAAAGCUUUAAAAAACCAACGACCCCACAGCCAACGAAAAGCAGCUCAAGCUCCACCAGCUUAUCCAGUUCCAAUUCCCAUUCCUCUACUAGUCGAAGUUCUGCUUCAAACACUAAGCCCGCUACUAAAACAGUUCCAGUGCCUGCUAGGUCUGGGCCAACUGCAUCGGCGGUUGGAAAACCUAGCUCCAGUUCUAGCAAAGCGCCGGUCGGAAAGACGCGACCGAUUUCCUCAUCGAAUGUUCAGAGAUCUGAGGUCGUACGACAAUUCCCGCCCGCAGAUGUCAAGAGACGAAAAACUGUUGAACCGCCAGUCAACAAAAGACGCAUUUACGACGACGAUGACGAGGAUGAAUACGAUUCGGAGCUGGAUGACUUCAUCGAUGAUGGCGACUGCGAGGAGGACAUAUCUUCCCAUAUCCGCGACAUUUUCGGUUAUGACAAGCGGCGUUAUAAAGGAAUGGACGACGAUGACCGUGGGAUGGAGUCCAGUUUUGCACAAAUGCAGCGCGAGGAGUACAUCAGCAAGAAGUUGGGCAUGCAAGAGGAUCUCGAGGACAUGCGCUUGGAAGCAGCGCACAAGAAACAGAAAAUGGCCAGAAGAUGAAACGGAUAGGACACACAAUAAAUUUAAUGUGUGUAUGCCAUGUCGCAUACUGUAUUUCAUCCCGACCUGGCCUAAUCCGUCGCCAUAUGGAUUUUGGCCGCAGAGCCUUGGCAUGAUAUGUAUAUUCCCAUAUAUGAUAAUUUGAAUUCAUUAGUAUGCAA